GGAUGAGCUCAGCUCGGCUGUCUGGCUGUUAUUAUGUCCGGGCGCCGCCAACACCCAAACACAGUGCGGCAAAAACAGUUGCGUGGCGCUCAGCUCCGUCUCUCUCUAAUGACUGAGUCCGCUGCGAGAAACAUGAGUCACGACUGAGGUCUGCAGGAUGUCUUUUAAGAAGGAAACACCCCUGGCUAAUGCCGUGUUUUGGGCAGCAAGGAAGGGGAACCUGGCUCUGCUGCAGCUGCUGCUGAACAGCGGGCGUGUGGACGCAGACUGCAGAGACAGUGUACGGACGCUGCAUGUCCCGGCUGCUCCCUGCACGCUUUAACCAUAAUCCAGCUGUGUAUGGGACGACCGCACUGAUGGUGGCGUCCUACAGCGGACACUAUGAGUGUGCCAAAGAACUCAUCAUGCAAGGAGCCGACAUCAACUUCCAGAGAGAGACAGGUUCUACGGCUCUGUUCUUCGCCUCCGAGCAGGGACACAAUGACGUCGUCAAGCUGCUCUUUGAAUUCGGUGCAUCGACUGAAUUCCAGACGAAGGACGGCGGCACAGCUCUGACUGUCGCCUCCCAGUACGGACACUCCAAGGUGGUGGAGACCCUCCUGAAGAACGGAGCCAACGUCCACGACCAGCUCCAUGAUGGAGCCACCUCUCUGUUCCUCGCCGCCCAGGAGGGUCAUGUGACUGUGAUUCGUCAGCUGUUGUCAUCUGGUGCCAAAGUUAACCAACCGAGGGAGGACGGUACGGCCCCACUGUGGAUGGCGGCCCAGAUGGGUCACAAUGAGGUGGUGAGGGUGCUGCUGCUGCGAGGUGCAGAUCGAGACGCUGACAGACAAGACGGAUCAACAGCAUUAUUCAAGGCGGCUUAUAAAGGACACAACAGUGUCAUUGAGGAGCUUCUCAAGUUUUCUCCUUCAGUCGGCCUUCUGAAGAACGGCUCCACGGCUCUUCACGCUGCUGUUAUGGGGGGAAAUCUGCCGACUGUUCUGCUGCUGCUGGGAGCCAACGCCGACCCAGCACUCCCCAACAAGAAUAAUGAGCUCCCUGCAGAUCUGACGCAGAGCGACCGCAUCCUGAAGGCGUUACAUCCCAAACUGUCUAACGGAGACAGCUGAUGACUUCCUGCCUGUAAACACACUGAGGGAAAUAAACAACAACAACAACAACAACAGUGUCAGACCUCCUCCAACAUGUUUGUGGUGCUUUGCUGUCAUAUAUUGAAUAAACCUGGACGAACCUUGAGCAUCACACUGCAUCUGUCCUCAGUCCUCUCCUCUCUGUCCGUCUACAGUAUAAUGCAUCUAUUUUUAUUUACCCCAGCUGUUGUAAGAUUUCUAUAUAUUUUGCACACUUUUUAUUUGCCUUUUUAAAUGGAUGUAAUAAAGUGUAAA